GAUGAAAAUAAAUCAGCUGUUGGUAUCGCAAUUGCCGCAAAUAAUUUUGUGAAUGUGAUGUAAACGAAGUUAUUAAAGUUACAGAAUUUGUUAUAAAAUAGAUUUAUUUGACCAUUAGAAAAUAAACAUAGUAGGAUGAGGCAUGUACAAUUCAUGGCGCGCACCGUGAUGGUGCAAAAAAAUAAUGUGGAGGAAGCAUGCCGCCUACUAAAUCGCAUUUUGGGUAAAGAGGAAAUAUUCGAUCAGUUCCGAAGAACACGCUUCUAUGAGAAACCAUUUCAGGUACGACGACGUGUAAACUUUGAGAAAUGCAAAGCAAUCUACAACGAAGAUAUGAAUCGCAAAAUACAGUUUGUGCUCCGUAAGAAUCGCACAGAGCCAUUCCCAGGAUGUAGUUAAUUUACGAUUGUUAAUAGUAAACUACCAUAUGGUCAAAUAAUAAUAUUAAUAAAACAAAUGUACUGUCAAAACAAAGAAACUAUA